AUGAUUUACGGCAGAGAACCCACGGACUGGACGUGCAGAAAGCAGGCCAACAGUCCUGAGGAGGAGAUUGUGAUCACUGGGAUUUCCGGGCAAUUCCCCAAAAGUCUCAACAUCUUGGAAUUGGCCAGGAAUCUCUACGCCAAGGCGGACAUGCUGGAGGACACGGAUCCUGUGUGGAAGAAAGCCUGUCCGGAACUGCCUGACAGGCUGGGCAGGACGGGAACCGUCACUAAGUUCGAUGCGCCCUUCUUCGGCGUGCACUACAAGCAGGCGAACCUGAUGGAUCCGUCCACAAGAUGCUCCCUGGAGUGCGCCUACGAAGCCAUGAUCGACGCCGGCGUCAAUCCUUUGAGUCUGCGCGGCAGCAGCACAGGAGUCUUCAUCGGAUCGUCCUAUCUGGACAUGGACAAGAUCUUCUACAAUGACAAAUUGGUCGGCGGCGGUUUCUCCAUCACCGGCUGCAACAGAGCCAUGAUGAGCAACAGAGUGUCCUACAUCUUUGAUCUGCAGGGAAUAUCAGCUCACAUUGACGGCCUGAACAACACCAGUCUGUCCGCAAUGGAUGUGGCCUAUUCGGCAAUAAGGAACGGCCAGUGCGAUGCCGCCAUUGUUGGCGCAGCGCACGCCAUCUUGCAUCCUUACGUGACAGUUCAGCUCGCCCAGACCGGCGCAGCGACGAAGAGUGGCGUCACGAGGACAUUCGACGAGGGCCUCAAUGGUUCCACCAACAGCGAAGCCACUUGCUGCGUCUUCCUGCAGAAAGCCAAGGACGCGAAGCGCAUCUACGCCAGACUCGUGCACUCCAAAUCGGCCUACACGGGAAACAUGGAGGACGGCAUCACGAUUCCUUCCAUGGAGAUGCAAGUGAAGCUGCUGAACACGUUCUACGAGGAGAUCUCGAUGAAUCCCGCGGAUGUGUCUUACGUGGAGACGCACAGCGAAGGACUGCUGAAGUACGACGUCGUGGAAUUGGAUGCGCUGGACAAGGUGUUCUGCAAAGGACGGAAGACGCCGCUCAAAGUGGGCUGCGUCAAGUCCAACAUUGGCAACACAUUGCCUAGCGGAGGAAUGUGUGGCAUCGCGAAGGUGAUCAUCGGGAUGGAGAAUAGCGCCAUGCCGCCCAACAUCAAUUACUCCAAGCCGCAUCCUGACUUCAAGGCGCUGGUCGAGGGCAGGAUGGAAGUCGUGACGGAGGCUGAGGAGUUCAGAGGCAAGCACGUCGCUGUGAACUCAGUUUGCUACACUGGAGGACUCUCGCACAUCCUGCUGGAGAGCGUCGCCAAGGAGAAAGUGAACAAGGGACAACCCGAUGACGAUCUGGCUCGUCUGAUCACCUGGUCAGGCCGGACUGAGGAGGGCGUCAGUGAGAUCUUCGAGUUCAUGGCUGACAAUCCGCUUGAUGCCGAGUUUGUGGGUCUUGUGCAUGAGAUUCAGACGGAAAACAUCUCCAACAACAUGUUCCGAGGAUUCGGAAUCUUCGAGAAGGGCGUCGACGGAGGAAAUGCAAUUUCCCUGGAGCAGAGCGUUAAGCAUUUCCCAGGAGUCAAGCGUCCCAUCGUGUGGCUGUUCAGCGGCAUGGGAAGCCAGUGGACGCAGAUGGGAAGCUCCCUCAUGAGCAUUCCCAUCUUCAGGCAAUCCAUUCAGCACUGCCACGAAGUCCUUCUGCCGAAGGGUGUGGAUCUGAUCGGGUUGCUCACUUCGGACGAUCCGACGACCUAUGACAACAUCCUGAACUCCUUCAUCGGCAUCGCCGCUGUGCAGAUCGCCAUUGUCGAUAUCCUCAGAGCUCUUCAGAUCUAUCCUGACAUCAUCAUCGGUCACUCUGUUGGCGAAUUGGGCUGUGCUUACGGCGACGGAUGCUUGACAGCCGAAGAGAUGAUCCUGUCGGCCUAUUCCAGAGGCAAAGUCAGCGUGGAGACGGAGAAGAUCUUCGGCUCCAUGGCCGCUGUUGGCUUGGGCUACAAGAACGUCCGCAAAAUCCUUCCGCCUGACGUCGAAGUGGCGUGCAGGAACAGCAGCACAUCCUCCACCAUUUCCGGUCCCGCAGCUUCGGUGGAGGCUUUCGUCGGCGAACUGAAGAACAAGGGAAUCUUCGCCAAGGAAGUGCCGUGCUCAAACAUCGCCUACCACUCGCGCUACAUCGCGGACAUGGGACCGAAGCUGCUGGAGCUGCUGACGGAGGUCAUCCAGGAGCCGAAGAGGAGGUCAGAGAGGUGGCUGAGCACCAGCGUGCCGCAGGCGAAGUGGAAGGAUGAGCAGAGUCAGUACAGCUCGGCUGAGUAUCACACCAACAAUCUGCUGAAUCCCGUUCUGUUCGAGGAGACCUUCUCGCUGAUCCCCAACAACGCCGUCACCAUCGAGAUUGCUCCUCAUGGACUCCUGCAGGCCAUCAUCAAGCGCUCCAAGCCUUCGGCGAUUCACGUUCCGCUGACGCUGCGCGGAACCAAGAACAACGCAGCGUUCUUCUUGGGCGCUCUUGGGAAGCUGUACAUGAAUGGAAUCAACUUUCCGCUCCAGAAUCUCUAUCCGCCUGUCGAGUUUCCGGUCUCGAGGGGAACUCCAAUGAUUUCUCCGCACAUCCAGUGGGAUCACACGGCAGAUUGGUACAUUGCGCCCAUUGACGAAGACUACAAGCACAAGCCCGCUCGUCAUGUCCUGAACAUUAACACAGAUUUGCCAGAGUACAAAUUCGUACAAGAUUACAAAAUGGAUGGAAAGCUUUUAUAUCCUGUUUCUGGAUUCAUCAGCGCUGUUUGGAAGACUUUUGCCGCUUACAAGGAAGUGAAUUUCUACGAAAUGGACGUUGAAAUGACGCAGCUUAGAGUAUUCCAAGAGAUUGACUUAAGUGCUGAGAAGGAGAGAGAAAUCCUGGUACUAAUUCAUCCAGGAACAGGAAAUUUUGAGGUUUCUGAGGACAAUUCAGCUAUUCUCUCAGGAAAUAUUCAGCUUCUUGAGGAGGAACAGUAUGAAGACUGUUUUCCAGAAGAUUCCUCGUCUGAUUGCAUUGCUCUGACGCCAAAGGACUUCUACAAGGAACUCUAUCUUCGCGGUCACGAGUACAGAGGCGUCUUCCAGACGGUCUGCGAAGCCAAGAGCGACGGAAGUGAGGCAAAGGUGAAGUUUGAGAACAACUGGAUGACUUUCCUGGACAGUUUUCUCCAGAUUGCCGCUUUUGACCAGGACACCAGAGACCUGAAACUGCCCAAAUCCAUCCGCACGAUCAGAAUCAGACCUCAAGAGGUGCUGAAGAUCACCGAAGAGAAUCAAGGCUUCCAUCAAGUGAAAUUCUGCAAGGAACUCAAGACAAUCUCAACUGCAGGACUGGAAGUUGUGGACUUGAAGAUGAAAACUGUGCAGAAGAAUCGGGAGAUUGGAAAGUCAGUCUCGGAAUAUUACAAAUUCAUCCCUCAUCUUCCGGCUCCGCAGCUUUCAGCUGUCAAUGCUGCUCGUGUGUGCGUCCAGAGCGUCCUGGACAAUCACCAUUCGGCGGUGGUGAAGAUCGUUGAGGUGGAUUCAAGUGAAUCUUCCCAUGAGAUUCUCUCGCACUUCAGAGACGCCAUUGAAGACUUGUCCAUGGCUCGAGGAAUGCUGAUUUACCUGUCGUCCAAGAAGGUGCAACUGAAAGACAUUCACGUGGAAGAUGGCGAGCUGAAGACGCAGAAGAACUGCAACAUCAUCAUCGCGAAGCAGUGCUUCAGCGAUGUGAGAUUCCUCGAAGAGUCCCUGAAGAGUCUCAGCAAUGGAGGAUAUUUGAUUUCCCGCGAGGAGAAAUCCAUUGAGUUGAAGAAUGUGACUUCAAUUGCGGAUCUGAAGCUGAUCUUCUUCCUGCCGAUGGAGAGUGAGACUCUGGUCGUCUUCAAGAGGUCAUCGCGGAAGAUUCCGCCCAACACGAGUGUCUUUGAAGUCCCACAAUCUGGAGUCACGCAAGAGUGGCUGAAGAACGUGAAGCAAGCCGGAAAGUUCGGUUCUGUGACUUUGAUGUCCAGCAGAGACUCAAAUCCUGGCAUCUCAGGUCUCGUUGAUGUGCUGAGGAAGAAACUUCCUGGGCAGGAUGUCAAUUACUUCUCCAUCGAGGACAAGAAGUUCAGCGAUGUGAGCUACAAGAAUCAGUUGAAGAUGAGUCUGGCCACGAAUGUCUUCCACGACGAUCAGUGGGGAAGCUUCCGCUGGCUGAAGCUUCAGGAUGAGCCCAAAGGGACCGCCGAGAAUUGCUUCGUGGAGUUCUCAUCGCCAGACAGAGCUCUCAAGUGGAGCUCACGAAGUCUUCCUGGAGGAACGCAGCGGAAUCUCGUGAAUGUGAUGUUCUGUGGGCUGAAUUUCAGGGAUAAGGAAAUCGUGUCCGGCGAAUAUCCUCUGGAGGAGACUGGCUUGUCUCGCCGCGACAGCGCGAUGGUGUUGGGAUCAGAGUUCGCCGGUGUGGAUCAGAAAGGCCGGCGCGUGAUGGGAAUCCUUCCGCACGGCGCUCUGUCCAAUCAAGUCCUGGCAGACGAUUUGCUCUCAUUCCCAGUGCCUCAGCACUGGUCUCUGGAGGAAGCAGCCACAGUCCCAAUGGCGUAUCUCACGAUCUACUACGCCUUCUUCAUCCAGACGUCCAUCAAGGCGGGGACGAAGAUUCUGAUCCACUGCGGCGCCGAUGAGUUGGGAAUUGCGGCGAUUCGAGUGGCUCUGGCUUAUGGCUUAGACGUCUUCACGACUGUGAACUCGCCUGAGAAGAAGUCCUUCCUCCUGGCCAUGUUUCCUGCCCUGAAGGAGGAUCAAAUUGGGAGCUCAACUGACGAUCUCAGCUUCGAGAAGAUGAUUCUGGACAAGGCGAAGCCAUUCAAACUCCAUUACGUCUUUAACACACUCAAAGGCACCAACAUUGCAACUUCUGCUCGAUGCCUGGAAAUGACUGGAAAAUUCAUGCAAAUGGGAAAAUUCGACAUGAUUGAAAACAGUGGUUUUGGUAUGUUUGCCUUCCUUCAAGAGAUUGAAUUCCAAGCAGUUGAAAUUAAAGGAAUCUUCAGAGAAGAUUCUGACUUCAGAGAAGACAUCGUGAAGCGCAUCCAGGAAGACAUCAGAAAAGGAGUGAUUCAACCAAUUCCGGCAACUGUCUUCAAUGCAGAUGACGUCAAUGAGGCUUUUAGCUACUAUUCCAGCGAGGAACACAUUGGAAAAGUGCUUUUGAAGCUUCGAGAGCAAGAAUCCGACAAAAACACUCUUCUCACAGCAAUUUCUCCCAGAUUUUCAGCUCUUCCUGGAAGUUCUUUUGUCGUUUUCGGUGGUUUGGAUGGUUUUGGAUUUGAGUUUGCCGAUUGGUUGAUUGUCAGAGGAGCGCGGAAACUCAUCCUCACGUCCAGCGGAAAGACGCUCAGCAAUUAUCAACUCUAUCGCAUAAAACUCUGGCAGAGUUACGGCGCUCAGAUUGUCUACAGACUGGAGAAUAAUGGUUCCCGGACGGAUUGUCUGGAACUUCUGGAUCUCGCCCGGAGGUUGGGGCCGAUUUCUGGGAUCUUCAACACUUCGCUGUGCAGCGCGUGGAACGGAGAUGAGUUCUUCGAGGCCAGCGCAGCGGAAAUCAGUGUCUCUUCCACGAGGAACUUCGAUGAAUUGUCGCGGAAGUUCUGUCCAAAUCUCUCACACUUUGUCAUCUUCUCGCGCAGAUCGCUGGACGCUGAAGAUGUGCAGCAAUGCAAUGCUGCAUUGUUGCUUUCGCUGGCCGAGAAGAUCGUCCGGGAGCGAGUGACGCAAGGAUUUCCGGGGAAAGUCAUUCACUGGGGAUGUCUUGAGGGUCAGAGGGCUGAGGAGGGCAUGCUGAGCCAGAAGAUCUUCUCGUGCCUGGCAGAAAUCGAUAAGCUGAUGUUCAGCGAGGAAUCUGUCAUCCUUCACACGAUCCUGGACAAAACCACUUCCAAGACAUUCUGCAUUCUCGACACAAUCAAGAAGGCUCUCGAGCUGAAGAAGAUCAGAUCCUUGGAUGACAAUAUUAGGAGUUUGGUGCAAGAUGUCGAACUGAUUCUGGUCCUGAAGAGGCAGAUCCUGAGAGAGUUUGGCAUCAACUUCGCUGAAUACCAAAUCCGCAGGAUGACUCCUCGUCAGCUCAUGACCACUGUCAGCGAGCGAGCGCGAGAAAAGGAAGGCGAGCUGAUCCUGACAAAUGACAGGAAACCAAAGGGACUGGAAAUGCUGCUGCAAUUCCUCAAGGACGGCAAUUCGACUGUGGAGAACAAGAUCUCAAGGGUUCCGAGUCGCGACAGAACGCUGAAGUACAAUGCUUGCGUGCUCCUCAUUCCGGGUCUCGUGGAGAUCCUGGACGAGGAUCUGCGACAGCUGAGCAUCAACAUUGCGCUGCCAGUGUUCUCUCUCCACGUGACUGAGGACAUUGGGCUGCUGUCGAUUCCCGAACUGGCCAGGAGCCUUUUGCCGGUCAUCAAGAGAGACGCGCUGAAGAUGUCCGAGAUGUUCUAUCUCGUGGGUUAUUCCUUCGGCGUCUUCCUCACGCUGGAGCUGGCCAGACUGCUGGAAGCGGAGGGAAUGACUGGCCAAAUCCUCCUGAUCGAUGGCGCGCCGGAGUUCUUCAAGCUUCUCCUCGCAGAGCAACUCGGCGAGAACGCCACUGAGCAGGACGCUGAGGAGCUGAUCCUGGAAAACAUCCUGCGCAUCGUGUUCCCAGGGGAGAAUCCCAAGGAAGUCUGGGGUCAGUUUAGGGCGCAGAACUGGCGGGAGAGCGUGAAGCAUCUGCUGGAAGUGUGCAAGAGUCAACACGUUUACUCUCAAGACUUCCUUAAGUACAUCGCGGAGUUCCUUCAUCGCCGUCUUCGUCACAUCCUCGCGAGUGAUUCAGGCAAAGUCGAGCCUGUGAACUGCCCGAUAACGCUUGUCAGACCCACGGACGCUUCCGUGACGGACAUUGAGCGGGAUUACGGAAUGGCGCAAUGGACGAGAGACAAAUUUCACCUCAGAUUCAUCGAUGGCGAUCACGUGUCAAUGCUGAGGAAUAAAAGUCUUCAGCGGAUCAUCGAUGAAUUCGAUCCUCGGCUGAAGUCAAAGAGAGAAUUUGAGGAAUACCUUGGCGUCUAA